AUGCAAUUGAAAAUAGAAUUUCCAAGGUACGCUGAACAUUCUGACAUAGUUAGCUGCGUUUCAUGGAAUAACACUGAAGAAGUUCUUUCUUGUGGGGAUGAUCAUUUAUUAAUGAAAUGGAACCUUAUUACUGGUGAUUCCCAAAAAGUUUGUGAACUUCCCAAUGAAGUAUUUCCCCUGGAUUUCCAUUCUUUCUCUAGGAAUAUUGGAGGAAGAAAACAAACUCAAGAACAACUUUUAAUAACCUCAUCUGAUGGAAGGUUUCAUCUUGUUGGUAAAAGUGGAAGAAUAGAGAAGAGUGUUGAUGCCCAUAAAGGUGCUGUUUUAGUCGGACAAUGGAGUCCAGAUGGCUCAAGCCUUCUAACGGGAGGGGAAGAUGGAAAUCUGAAAAUCUGGUCUAGAAGUGGUAUGUUGAGGUCAUUGGCCGUGCAAGGUACUGGUGUUCCCGUUUACAGUGCUUUUUGGAGUUCUGAUUCUACUCAAGUCUUAUACACUCAAGGAAAACAUUUAGUAAUUAAGCCUUUGACGCCUAACUCAAAAUCCAACCGGUGGAAAGCUCAUGAUGGUUUGAUACUUAAAGUCGCCUGGGAUCAUGUCAAUGGUAGGAUCAUCUCAGGGGGAGAAGAUUGUCGGUAUAAAGUUUGGGAUAUGUAUGGAACUCCAAUAUUUUCAAGUUUACUUCAUGAACACUCGAUAACAUCACUUGCGUGGUCACCGAGUGGUGAUCUAUUUGCUGUUGGAUCAUUCAAUACGAUUCGUCUGUGCGACAAAUCAGGAUGGUCGCAUUGCUUGGAGAAGCCUGCUACUGGUAGUCUUUACUGUAUAGCGUGGUCGACCGAUGGAACGCAAUUGGCUGCAGGAUGUGCUAAUCACAAACUUUUAUUAGCUCAUAUAAUUGGGCGCAAAGUAGAAUGGGGACAAUUUGAAGGCCUAACUACCGGGAGGAAAAGUGUGGUUGUUCAUGAUGUUUUAUCAGACGGAAGCGAUGCUUUAGAAUUUUCUGAAAGAGUGAUACAUCUAGCUUUAGCCUAUAAACACCUGGUCGUUGUAACUACAACACAAGCAUAUAUUUAUUCAACUUCUAAUUUUAACACUCCAAUUAUUAUUGAUUUGCGAGAAGGAUCUGUUUCUAAUGUACUUCUUUCAGACAAGCAUCUAGUAUUAGUCGAACGAACCAGUUUAAGCGUUUACAACUUUGAGGGUAGAUUGCUGUCCUCGCCUCGCUGGGCCAGCUUGAACACUGCUACUCUGAACCCCUCCCAUAUCACCCUCGGGCCGGACACCAUUGCUGCCAGGGAUCAAGCUGAUGAGAGAUUAAUCCAGGUUUUGGAUAUAAGUGGAAAAGACAUCGGAGGACCUAUCCAGCAUAGCUGUGGUGUCAUGGAGGUUGGUUUAAGCCAAGGGGGAAAGACAAAUUUGGAUAUUCUUUUGGCUUUUGUCGAUAAAACCAGGGAUUUGUUCAUAUCGACAGUUUACACAAGGCCGACUGCUUUCCGCAGAAUAGACAAGCUAGGAAGUAUCGUGCAAUCAUUUAAAUGGAAUUCUGCCUUGAAUAUAAUAGCAGCAAUGCAAGAUUCAUCUCUCAUCCUGUGGUAUUAUCCUUUUAUAUUAUUUGUUGAUAAGCGAAUGACCAAGAAAACAGCUGUUAUCAAGGAUGCAAGUGAGUUUGGACAUCGACCUAGACUGAUGAGUUUCGUAGAUAAUUACAUUGGGAUCCAAAGAUCUGACGGGGCAAUAAUUAACAGUGGGGUAUCGCCAUACGUCGGGCUUCUCCAUGGUUACGCUUCUACCAACGGCUGGAAGGAGGCGCUCCGCCUUUGUAGGAUGGUUCAGGAUGAAGCAUUAUGGUCCUGCCUUGCAAUUAUGGCAACUCAAGCCAAGGACAUCGAAACAGCUGAAACAGCUUACGCUGCUAUUAACUUUUAUGAUAAAGUAUUAUAUAUCCAACACAUUAAGCAAAAUCCAAUAAAAGCCGUGAGGUUGGCUGAAAUGUCACUCCUCGGCGGGAAUAUUCAGGAAGCAGAAAUGAUUUUACUUCAAAAUGGGAUGAUUUUUAGAGCCAUUAUGUCCAACAUUAAUACUCAUAAUUGGGAGCGUGCAUUGGAAAUUGCUGUGAGACAUAAAACACACAUUGAUACAGUUUUGUAUUAUAGAGAAAAAUUUAUGGAAAGAUUGGAAAAACCAGAAACAAAUGAAAAGUUUAAGGAACUUCGUGCUAAUGUUGAUAUAAACGCAGAACAGGUUGAGAAAAAAGUAGCUAAAGAAUAUGAAAUGGAAAAAGAGAAGAGUUAAGAGUUUUAAAUUUAAUUUUGUACAAUUUUUUUACUUUAAAAGAUAACCCUACACAUUUAGAG